UACCCUUAAGUUAUCGAUCCAACGGUUUAAUGCUAUCCUAACCAGGGAAAGAUAUUCAUUUUCCUACCGAGUCGGCCAGAGUGAGGCUCUGACAACGCAAAACCCUCUCAUCCCCUCUCUAUUUCCUUCUGUUCUAAAACCCCAAAUACGUCUUACCCCUUCCUAACUUCUUCCUUCCGAGUUUCAGAGCCUUGAGAGGACCAGUUUAAAAGUCAACACAAUCAAGAUGGCAAUGUCUAGUAAAUUUGGGAGCCUUCUCAGGCAGAGCAUGUCACCAAACAUUACAUCAAAUGGGGAGACUGCAGUGACAUCUAUGCUGAAUGUUGUUCGGUGUAUUUCGACAAAACUCUUCAUUGGAGGUCUUUCUUAUGGGACUGAUGACCAGUCUCUCAAAGAAGCAUUUUCCAGCUUUGGUGAUGUGACUGAAGCAAAAGUUAUUUUAGAUCGAGAUACUGGAAGGUCAAGGGGCUUUGGAUUCGUGAGUUUUGCUGAUGGUGAAUCUGCUAACUCGGCACUCUCUAUGGAUGGCCAGGAACUAAAUGGACGGAACAUCCGUGUAAAUAUUGCAAAUGAUAGGCCCAGUGGACCUCGUGGCGGCGGCUAUGGUGGUGGUUUCCGUGGGGAUGGAGGUUUUGGAGGUGGUGCCCCCGGAGGGGUUGACGGGUUCUAAGAGUUUCAGUGGUAAUUUCUCAGUAAGAGAUGCCAUUUUGUUUUGUUUUGUUUUUUUAUUUUGGGUGGAUUGAAUGAAUUGCCUUUGGAUUACACUGAUGCGAGCAUAUAAUUACAAGCUUGCACACAUGUUUCUGCUCUUUGUGACACCUCACCACCUCACUGUAAUUAUCGCCUUUUUAUUUAUUUUUUUAAUGAAUAGAAAUUUAUUAUUGAAGAUUAAGACAAUAUUGAUGCUAUAUCAUUAGCACA